AUGGACCUGAGCGCGGCACUGAAUGCCAUGGACGACGACUACCACUUCGGCGACGAAGAACAGGUACCGACGCAAACAGAGACCGUGGACGUUUAUUUACUACGGCCCGAAGAACCCCGCGAGAUUGAACUCAAGGACUUCACCAUCAUGAAGCCUAAGAGCAACAGAAUGAACCGCCUUGUGCGCUUUUAUCCGCGCUGUCAGAUCUCAUACCGAGCCACGCUGCCGGCCGAAGAGAAGUUGGUGGUGUCUCCUGGCGGCACCGUCACGACCACAAUGCUGCCAGAGCGUCUACCUCGCCACAACGGUGGCUUCAGCAACCCGAGCCGCAACGCGGAGAUCUUCCGCCUCAAGCGAGAGCUUCUCACAGAGUACUACGCCUCGAUGAAGGAGGACGACCGGGAAGCAGCCAUGUUUGACGCGCUCAUCGGCCAGAACGCGCACCCAGUUCAACAGCCCAGCUGGGCCAAUAGUCACAGCUAUGCUGAUCGCUUAGAGAAGAAAAGUUCCCCUUCUAUACUUCCACGUGCUCGACGACCGCUGCCAAAGUACAAACCUGUGCAGGUGGGAGGGGAAGACUUCGUUCCUCUGACAGGAGAUAAGCCAGGGAGCUUGACGCUUGACGAGCGAGUCAAGUACAUUUCUUCACUCUGGCCAGGCCUAGCGCCUGUUGACGACGACGAUGAUAUCAUGGAUUACUAUGGAAUCGAAGUCCAGAUCAUUUCCGAGGAAGAGAGGGAGAAAGAGCAGGCAGCGGAGGUGGGGGACGACACAAAGGCAGCAUUUGAUACAACAACGAGAGCCGUGGCUGCGUCAAAGUCAGCGAGUGCAGAUGGAGAAAAAAAGGAGGACGAAGCAGCCAGCAGCUCCGAGACAACAGCUCCGUCGUCUCCCGAGUUAUCGGCGGAAACGCGUAGCUCUGCGUUGCAGAAACUGAAGGAGGCAGCAGCAGAAGAUGACGACGAGAUUAAACCGAAUCCCAUCGCGACCAAGCAAGACGACUGGGUGCAGUGUGACAAAUGCCAAAAGUGGCGUCGACUACCGAAUCAAGUUAACGUGUCGGAGUUGCCGACAGUUUGGUACUGUAAGAUGAACAAAUGGGACAAACGACACAAUAAAUGCUCGGCACUGGAAGAGAAGCUCGUGGUGCUCAUGAACGGACCAGAUUUGGCGGAGUACCGUCACCGCAAGUUUAUACAGGACUUUAUCCAGCGCUGCAGACGUCUGGAUAAAUUGUCCUACCACUACAAGUACACGCACUCUCAGGACGACGAUGGCGAGCGCAAAUUCGUGCAAUGUUCGGAAUGCUUGAAACUGCGCCCGCUACUUGGUGGCAUGGAUCCGAACAAGGUGGCUGAGCCCUUCGCGUGCUGGAUGAACUGGGACGAGCUCUUGGCGAGCUGCUCGGCACCUGAAGGCCCGCUAUACCCCCGAGAGAAAUCGCGGUAUAUCUCAGCGUCGCGGAACGGGACAAACAACUUGACAAACUUCGUUGAUGACGACGUGAAGGGGAAAAAGGGAAGCAGCGAACCCGUUUCAGGCAACGGACGUGGUGGAAGCAAGCCUGGUCGGAAAGGAAAACGCAAGGCGGACAAAGAGUUAAGUGGCAGAACAGCAAAGGCCAAGAGAAAAGCAGCAGCAUGA